UUUUUAUGUUUGUUUGGCAUCUUGUGGUCAUUUUGCUCAUAUCAGUUUGGUGUCUGUUGCAUUCACUGGCCGUAACAGCUUUCACAUAGCAGAAAAGAAAUAGCGCCCUCUACUGCCCAGAGUGAAGUAGUAUAGUUACCAAUAGAACAGUAGGGCUGGUGGACAAAGUUUCGUUUUUCUAGAAAGAGACCGCACCUUAUAAUAACCUAUGGGUUUCAAUUAUUUCACAAAGGCAUUCUUGAGAGUUGCGGAACGGUCAAAUAGAAGAAGACUAUUAGGUCAGCGCUACUGUCCAACAGGAAGCGCCUGUAUGAAGUUCAGUCACAGACCGCAGGAGAAUAUGGGGAGAAAUGGAAAAGAGCAGGCAGGAGAGACAAAGAAGGUCCAAAGAGAUGAAGAAAUGAGCGAAGGAGAAGAGGGAGAAGAAGAAUUGAAGGUGAAUGAUGAAGGCAAAGAUAAAACUGGCUCGCACCAAAAAGAAGAAGAAGCAGGUGGUGGUAAAGUGCCAGAUGAUCCUCCUGCAGGCUCAGGUGGAACACGAGGAGCUCUUGUCGGCAUUGCAGUAGGAGCAGCAGGUGCUGUGGUCCUGGCUCCUUUUGCUCUGGGGGCCAUAGGUUUCACCUCAGCAGUAAUUGCAGCAGGCUCCCUUGCUGCUAAAAUGAUGGCAUCUGCUGCAAUUGCUAAUGGAGGAGGAGUAGCGGCAGGAAGUCUGGUGGCUGUUUUACAGUCUGCAGGUGCAGUUGGUCUGUCAGGCACUGCCACUGCAGUUGUGGCCAGUGCUGGAGGUGCAGUGGGAUGGCUGACAAGCUUCGUCAGCCAAAAAGCAAGGGAAGCAAGGGACAGGAAACAAGACAAAUCCAAGUAAUUUCAGUUUGGCCAGAGGAAAGACACAAAUGCACAAAUUCUUUCCUUCACUUACCCAGCAGCAUUUUAAUGGCAUUAGAUUUUUAAAUAUGCAAUAAAUCUGUGAAAGAUC